GCCGCAAUGAAACUCCAACUUUUGUCGCUCGUUUUCUACACGAAUCUCAUCAUUCCUGGCCACGCUCAUGGGCACAAUGCUGACGACUCAAGCCAACUCACGGUGAAGACGCUCACGGGAGCUUACACCGGCGUUUUAGAUCCUACAUUCCCCAAGACACGACGAUUUGGUUCCAUCCCGUUCGCUGAGCCGCCGAUUCAGGCACGCCGGUGGCUACCGCCACAGAAGCUUUCACCAUCCACUGAACAGCACGAUGCUUCCGAGCUGCCCCCAUCAUGCCCGCAGUUCUUGUCUUCAGUUCCGUCACUGUUGAGCACGUACUUCGCUGAGGGAGCUCUGAUCAACAACGGUGACCAGAACCACACAUCUGGGCUCGUUGGUGCAGCUACAUCCGAAGAUUGCCUCUACCUCGCUGUCUGGACGCCUGCGAAUGCGAGCUCACACUCGAAACUACCAGUUCUCGUUUUCCUGCCCGGCGGCGGUUUCUCAGCUGGCGGCGUCGAUUCUGGAUACUACAAUCCCGCAUCGUGGAUCGAACGUUCGCAGUCACAUAUCGUGAUUACUGUCAAUUACCGCGUCAACAUCUUCGGGUUCCCCAACGCACCAGGCCUGUCGGAUCAAAAUCUUGGUAUUCUGGAUCAGAGGAUGGCACUGGAAUGGGUGCGCGAUAACGUUGCGGCAUUUGGUGGUGAUUCGGAUAAGAUCACGCAGUGGGGUCAGUCUGCUGGUUCGAUGUCGACCGACAUACAUGCGCAUGCGUUCCCUGAAGAUCCAAUUGCUAGCGCAUAUUUUUUAAUGUCGGGCACCGCGUUCAGUGGGAGUGCGGUUGCGGAUACGACGUUUUCGAAUUUCACGUUUGUCGCGCAGCACUUUGGGUGCGAGCCUAGUGGAAGAAAUGGCAGCACAAGUGCACUUGAUUGCCUACGGAAAGUGCCAUUCGAAAACAUAACGAACUUCAUCGGGCAAUAUGGCGACAGUGGUUCGACUCCGGCCUUAUCUUUCCUACCAGUAGUGGACGAUCGUAUCAUCUUCUCCGACUACUAUGCCCGCGCCAACGCUGGCAAGGUCGCACGCCUGCCAGUCAUCCUCUCGAACACGGCCAACGAAGGCAGCUCGCUCGUCCCAUUCCCGGCUAACGAUCCAUCGUCAGGGUUCCCACAGGAAGUCAUUCUCGGUAUCGCGCUGGCAGGAUUUGUCUGUCCGACAUACAGUUCAACACUAGAGCGUAGCAAUCUCUCUGUACCAGUAUAUCGCUACCAGUACGCAGGGGUAUUCCCAAACCUCAAUCCGCUGGGAUGGACUGGGGCGUGGCAUGGCGAAGACAUCUCGCUGGUAUUCGGAACGUAUGACCUUGUCAAAGGAGUGGGUGAAGUUCCUCAGCUUGAGGUCGAAACUAGCCGGGCGAUGCAAGACCAUGUCCAUGCUUUCAUGAGGGAUCCCCUUCGUGGUCCCCAAAAACUGGGCUGGCAAGCUGUAGAUGCCAGGAACUCCCGGAAUGGGACUCUCAUCAGAUUCGGCACAGGCGGAAAAGCAAUUCAGUAUGUGAAUAGCUUCGAGGUGGAUCGUGUCUGUCAAGGACUAGGGGAGUAUGAUGCAUUUCCUUAAGGAGCCUGCCUCGAGCCAGCCUCCUUAGGUUCGAGAUAUUCGUGGUGAGCUGAAUGCAAAAGGCCGACGGUUUCUAGAUGAAUCGGUUCGCCAGAUGAUGUCGAUGCUUGUGUCAAUUUUCGGCUUCGUGAUGCUGCAAUGCUCGUCUAACGUCCUGAUGUUGCGCACUCUGUCCUGUG